UAACGUUCAUAUACAAGAGCUGAUAGGCGAUUUUUAGCGACUGGUGCACUAGGAAUCGCUGAUGCCUUUCCAUUCGUGAAUUUGUGCACAUCGACACAUUUAUACAUAUUGCGUGGAAAAUAAAUAGAGACGAGCCUGCUGGUGAUCGUCCUGGACGUUAAUCCAAUGCAGCGGAUAGUGAAGCAGGAGACGAAGAUACUGUCGCAAUGUUUAGACUCCACGAUCGUCUUCGCCAAUGCUCAUCUUAUGCAAUCGUCCAAUAACGAACUGGCGAUAAUGGCGUGUCACAGCCACAGCGCCAAGUUCCUCUAUCCUUGCGAGAACGUGGUGGAGAUCAGACAGAUGGACGGGCAGUAUGAGAAGUUUACCAUGGUGGAGCGCAUGGUGCGUCAGCAGUUGCAGCAGGUCAUCAAUGAGAUCCCCAUGGAUGUCCCGUUGAGCACGGAGAGCCUCAUCUCCGGCGCGCUCAGUAUGGCGUUGUGCUACAUCGCCCGGUUGGAGCGAGAGAAGGUCCCCAGCCAGAAGCUGCACCCCAGAAUACUGGUGAUCACCGCCAGCAACGACUCGGCCACUCAGUACAUGAACUACAUGAACAUAUUCUUCACCGCGCAGAGAAUGAAUGUUAUUUUGGAUGUAUGCAGUCUGGAUCAGGAGCUGACGCUCUUGCAGCAGGGCUGCGACAUCAGCGGCGGCAACUACCUGAAGGUGCCGCAGCUUCCUGGAUUGCUGCAGUAUUUACUAUGGGUGUUUCUGCCGGAUCCUAGCGUUAGGUCGAAAUUAGUUCUUCCUCCGCCGGUGAAGGUGGAUUACAGGGCAGCGUGCUUUUGCCACCAGGAACUUAUCGAUAUUGGAUAUGUCUGUUCCAUAUGUUUGUCAAUCUUCUGCAAAUUCAGUCCGAUAUGCACGACUUGUCACACGGUAUUCAAGAUGCCAGGACCAAUGCCGAUGAAGAAAAAGAAGAAGAAGAACGUGGAUCUCGUCCAUUAACUUUGUAUAUUUCACGUAUAGCGAUUACAUUUUGUAAAUAAAAGUGGCGUCACAUUGUAAAAA